AUGAAACAAAACAAUUCUGAAAUCAAAAACAUUCAGGUGAUCCAACUGAAGAACAUCCCAGUGAACACGAAUUGGACUGGUGUCACCGUUUUGUGCCAAGCCAACUACAAUGGUCAACCCGUCGACUCGUCGCCGGCUGUUGUUGAUGUGAAAUUUCUCCGACAACCGCAUGUCGUUGACUCAAACGGCAAUCACCUGUGCAAUUGCAGAAUAAUGGAAACAGGCACUUUCUCCGCGUGUGGGUUGGGUGUCUCCAAUGGAAGUGAAAAGGAAGCCGCCGUCCCUCACACUCAGCGGAAUGGUUUGUUGAUCGAGUGGGAAGAAUUG